AUGGAGACUCAGCUACUCAAACCCGCGUUUCACAAUCCCUCAGGCCUCAUCAAUCUCACGACGAAUUCUUCUAAACCGGUCUCGAAUUUCGCCGUCGGAUCAUUAUCAAUGUCCACCGGUCAAUCGAGAUUUGGUUUACCUGGGUCUCUCUCCCUCCGUCUCUGCGCAGCUUCGCCGAUCCGAUACACGAGAGGGCUACGAGUGGAUGAGAGUGAGAGCUUGACACUUGACAGCAUAAGACACUCUUUGAUCCGUCAAGAAGACAGCAUUAUCUUCAACCUUCUUGAGCGAGCUCAGUAUCGCUACAACGCUGAUACAUACGACGAAGACGCCUUUGCUAUAGAAGGGUUUCAAGGAUCUUUGGUUGAGUUUAUGGUCAGAGAAACUGAACAGCUUCACGCUAAGGUGGACAGGUACAAGAGUCCAGACGAACAUCCCUUUUUCCCUGAAUGCUUGCCUGAGCCAAUCCUUCCUCCGAUUCAAUACCCUCAGGUUCUGCAUCAUUGCGCAGAGUCGAUAAACAUCAACAAGAAAGUGUGGAACAUGUAUUUCAAACACCUUCUUCCAAGACUGGUUAAGCCAGGAGACGAUGGUAAUUGUGGCUCGGCUGCUCUCUGUGACACAAUGUGUUUGCAGAUAUUGUCAAAGAGGAUUCACUUUGGUAAAUUUGUUGCUGAGGCCAAGUUUUGUGAGAAUCCAUCUGCUUAUGAAACAGCUAUAAGAGAACAAGACCGGACACAGCUGAUGAGACUGCUAACGUAUGAGUCUGUUGAGGAAGUGAUCAAGAAGAGAGUUGAGAUCAAGGCGAUGAUUUUCGGUCAAGACAUAACCAUCAACAACGAUCCAGAAACCGGAGCUGAUCCUGCUUCCUGCAAAAUCAAUCCUAGCUUAGUUGCUAAACUCUACGGAGAGAGAAUCAUGCCUCUCACUAAGGAAGUCCAAACUGAGUACUUGCUUAGACGGCUAGAUUGA